AGUUCCAUAAAUUAUUGUGUCUUCGUUUGCUGUUUUGUUCACAUGUUGGCUGAUUUUCUUGGUUCUUAUGAUAACAAUCAUUAACCCCAUCCCUCUCUCUCUCAAAAUUUUGAUUCUUUUGUGAUCUCAGGUUUUCAGAUUGGGUUAUCUCUGACUUCAAGAGAGGCAGAUCAUGCCAAUUACAAAGAUUUAUAUUGUGUAAGUCUCAUAUCAUAUUUUAGGUAUUACUCUCUGUAUGGACAUGUUGAGACUAUGGCAAGAGAAAUACAGAGGGGUGCUAAUUCAGUUGCUGAUGUUGAAGCUACACUUUGGAGGGUACCGGAAACGCUGCCUAGCAAGGUAUUAGAGAAGAUGAAAGCUCCUGAACAACCAGAUGAUGUGCCUGAGAUAAGGCCUCAGCAGCUGGUGGAGGCCGAUGGUUUCCUCUUUGGUUUCCCUUCUCGUUUUGGGGUAAUGGCGGCGCAGUGCAAGGCCUUCUUUGACGCCACCAGCGAUAUAUGGGCCUCCCAGCUUCUUGCUGGGAAGCCUGCUGGAAUCUUCUGGAGCACGGGUUUCCAUGGAGGUGGUCAGGAACUUACAGCAUUGACGGCCAUAACGCAACUGGCACAUCACGGCAUGAUGUUCGUGCCACUCGGCUACACAUCUGGUGGUGGGAUGUUCGAGAUGGAGCAAGUGCGUGGUGGAUCUCCCUACGGUGCAGGGACUUAUGCUGCAGACGGGUCGCGCCAGCCUACAGAGCUCGAGCUUCAGCAAGCCUUUCAUCAAGGUAAGUACGUUGCUCAAAUCACCAGAAAGCUCAAGAAGUGAAAAAACUUACUCUGGAAUGGCCUCACAAGCUUAGCAAAGAGAUGGAAAUGCCAAAUGUGAAGUGUUUCGUUUCUAUUCUAUUUUCAUGCUUCAUUAAUAAAAACCGUACAAAAUAAGUCAUUUUAUUUAA